AUGAGCAACACGGACGCCGAGCACUCGAAGCGGCCCGACGAUACGCCGUUCAAGCAGCAGCGCCUGAAGGCGUGGCAGCCCAUCUUGACGCCCAACUGGGUCAUUGGCACCUUCUUCGUCGUCGGCCUCAUCUUCAUCCCGAUCGGUGUCUUCCUCUUUGAAGAAAACAAGAACAUCGUCGAGAUGUCGCUGCAGUACGAUGGCGUCAACAUGCGCGCGCCGUCGGCCGCGGACGGCGUCGCGCUCCAGAACGUGAGCGCGAAUGGGUGCUACCUGAAGAACGCCAAGGAAGGCGACGUGUUCAACAUCACCGAGCACGGCUGCGUCGUCCAGUUUACGCUGCAGGAAGACAUGAAGGCGCCCAUCAUGGUGUACUACCAGCUCGACAACUUUUACCAGAACCACCGGCGGUACGUCUCGUCCCGGAGCGACGCGCAGCUGCGUGGCGAGAAGGCGGAGCUGCCCAUCUCGACGUGCACGGGCUCGCCCGGUAUCACCAGUCUCAAGUACAACUCGACGGACGACCUCGCCCCGGGCGCGACCGCCGCGUACUACCGAUUCAACCCGUGCGGCCUCAUCGCCAACAGUCUCUUCAACGAUCUCUUUUGGAUCAACUCAAUCACGACGCCAGACGGCAAGUACCUCGGCCAAACCGACACUUACGACGGAAAGGAAGUCGUCAACCUCAUGGACCAGUCGGGUCUUGCGUGGCAGUCGGACAUUGAGACCAAGUUUAACAACCCGACGACGCUGGACAGCGAGGACAUGAUGCUGUGGCAAAACCCCAAGUACCGGUUUGUGAUCCCGGCGCGCGUGGGCCAGGAGCGCAUUCUGAACGUGACGGGCUGGACGACGGCGGCGCCUCUGUACGGCGUCGAGACGGAGCGCUUCAUCGUGUGGAUGCGCACGGCCGGCCUCCCCAACUUUCGCAAGCUGUACGGCAAGAUCAACACGGACUUGCCCAAGGGCACGGUGCUUCGCUUCCUCGUCUCGUCCAACUUUGCGGUGACGCCGUUUGAGGGCAAAAAGUCGCUCGUGAUCUCGACGCUGUCGUGGUACGGCGGCCGCAACCCGUUCUUGGGCGUCGCGUACAUGGUCAUCGGCUCCAUCUGCAUUGUGCUCUCGCUCAUCUUCUUCGCCAAGCACAAGAUGACGCCGCGCAAGCUUGGCGACACCAACUACCUCGUCUGGAAGGCGAAGAACUAGUCGACCUACUACAUCAACAUCACCACCACCGACACCCCUUGCUGUCUUCUUCCACGACUUGAACGAAGCGUGGCCAAAGGACGACCAAGCGCAUCGGUAGAUCUGGGGCAUCGCAUAGA